GAGGUAGAGAUCCUCGCUCUGCCGUCGGAUCUAGGUGAGGACGUGUUCAAGCGCUCCAAGUGCCUGGAGCUAGCCUUUGGAGAGAUGCAGAUCAGGGUGGGACUUGCGUACGACCUCAUCGCCACCCUCAAGCAGUUGAUAGGUCGUAAGUCAGCGACAGUCAUGUCCAAGAGGAAGCAUGCGCGGGGUCAGAAGGACAACAUUCACGCUAACAGCCAGAUCACCAGCGUCCAUCUUCAGAUCAGACGUCUGGCAGCGCAGUACAACGACAACUUCACUCGCAUGAACACCCUC